CGCUUCGCACAGCGAGAACCAAACUCAGUCAAUAGCAAUCGACAUUAACGAACGCCCACACACAAGUGCGGAAUAAGUUUAACGAACACAUACAAAAACUAAAACAACACAAAACAACGAAAGUGCACGAACGUACAGUGAGAGGAAACGGAAGUGUUAAUGAGUGGCUUGGAAAUCCAACCGUAGUAUUUUCCUAACGGCUACAUUUCAAAUAAAGGACAAAAAUUGAAAAGUGAAAAGAAAAGGGGCGAUUAAAAAAGAAAGCCAUUGAAGAAUUGAAUAAAGAAUAAUUUAAUUAAUAAAAAAAUAAAUAUAUUUGAAAAUUUUGAAUUGAGUGUGAAAGUGGAAUAUUCGCAGUGAGUGAGUGCAAAACUAAAUGAUUUGACGCAUUUGACAUUUGUUGCCCAUAUAUGCAUUCAAUUUGUGUAUAGAAAAUAGAAAACCAAAGCCCAGUUAAUUAACAAGUGAAUGUACUUUUAAAAAUGGCAGCUGGUGACUAUAAAGUGAAAGAGUUCCUUUUCGGAAUAGUUGUAAUCGCAAAUUUGGGGUAUGUGUUUUCGCGUUCUUUGCCAACUGGAAAUGCGCCAUGUCCAAUGCCAGCUUUGCAAUAUCCAUAUCCUUUUCAAGGCACUCCAGCACUGCUUGGUGGCUAUUAUAAUCCUCAAAUUCCACAAGUGUAUCAACCCCCUCAACCAGUUGGUACAUUUUAUGACAGCAAACGCGGCAUACUGCGCUCAUUCCCAGGUGGUGGACUGCCAGUGUUAGUCGACUAUCAUAAGCGUUGUUCUAAUAAUUUCGUGGGCAUUAAACCGCAUCCCAAACAACGUCAAUACUAUUACGUUUGCAAACGGGAUUGUGUCGUUUUUGGAAAGUGCCAAAAUCUACAGUACUUCGAUGCAACCAAAAACCAAUGUACUCCCUAUCCCACGCCGAAUUACACACCAGUUUGCACGAAACCCGGCCGUUUCCCCAUUUUAUCCGACUGUACGAUUUACUACCGAUGUGACGAAAACCUAAAGCCACGAAUCCACACUUGUCCGAAAAAUACCGUUUUUUCGCCGCAGAAAGAAAAGUGCAUCAGCGGUGCACAGUGUUAUCCAACGGAAGUCUCUCCUUAUGGUUCGCAUAUUCCACAAGAUUGCGUGAACAAAUUCCCACCAUGUCUGCAUGAUGGAACUUUUCGCUCACCUACUGAUUGUUCGCUAUUCUAUACUUGCACCAUGCAAAUGAAAGGGAUCUACUUGCAGACACGUUUCAAGUGUCCUGAACUCACUUUCUACGAUAGAACUAGAGGAGCGUGUUGGCCGCAACACGAAGUUGCUUGCGAUUGCAUACAAUUAUCAGAAUUGGUAUAUCCCAGACCCCCACCGCUGCCCCACCUACCGGUUAUUUAUCCUCGUCAUUAUCCCUGGGACUCUCUAGAGGAUAGCGAAUAUCCAAUGGACUCCUCAAAGUCGUCCUCCAAAGAGGAUACAUUUAGCUUAAGCGUUGGUUCAAGCGAAGAGAAUGACCAAAAUACGCAAACUAGUUUCUCAAGGAAAGAAUAUUUUGGACUACCGCAACUAACUCCUGCCCCGAUAACAACAGAGCCCACUAUAUAUACAAUGGAACCUUCAACGCUGGGUCCAUCCACAGACAGUCCAUUGACAACACCAGCUCAUACCACAGAUCACGCUUCCUCAGCCACUUCCGACCCAUUAACUACGAAGUUUUCAGAAGAAGAAAAUGUUGCUGCACUGCAAGACAAUCUUGUCCCAGCAACUACGACAAUGGACCCUUCAACGCUGGGCCCAUCCACAGAAAGUCCAUCACUCUUUAAUGAAGAAUUCGACGUACAAUCAUUUGACCUUACUCCUGCCAGUCCUGCUCUUACCACAGAUCUCGCUUCGUCAACCACUUCCGACCCAUUAACUACGAAGUUUUCAGAAGAAGAAAAUGUUGCUGCACUGCAAGACAAUCUUGUCCCAGUAACUACGACAAUGGACCCUUCAACGCUUGGUCCAUCCACAGAAAGUCCAAAAUUUUUUAAUGAAGAAUUCGACGUACAAUCAUUUGACUUUACUAAUACCAAUGCUGAUCUUACCCCAGAUCCCGAUUCGGUAACCACGUCCGACCCAGUAACUACGAUGUCAACUGAUUCAACCAUCGGUUCAAAUGAAGGCCCUGACCAUUCUACGCUAGCGCAGUUUUCAGAAGAAGAAAAUGUUGAUGCACUGCCAGACAAUCUUGUCCCAGUAACUACGACAAUGGACCCUUCAACGCUUGAUCCACCCACAGAAAGUCCAACAUUUUUGAAUGAAGAAUUCGACGUUCAACCAUUUGACCUUACUAAUCCCAAUGCUGCUAUUACCACAGAUCCUGAUUCGUUAACCACUUCCGACCCAGUAACUACGAUGUCAACUGAUUCCCCCAUCGAUUCAAAUCCUCCAAUAACUACACCUGCAACAGAGUCUCCCAUAUCUACAAUGGAACCUUCAACGCUUAGCCCAUCCACAGAAAGUCCAUUACCAGCACUUUCUUGUGAAGAAUUGAUGUUGGAAUCACUUGACCUUACUGGUUCCAGUCCUGCUCCUACCACAGAUCCAUAUUCGCUGCCCAAAACACUCCAAACUACAGGAUAUCCAGCGAAUUCCACAGAUGUACCUAAGUUAGAGCUGUUGGUCUUUGGCGAUCUCGAUUUAUCAGUUCUCUUCUGCCCAACGGAUUGUACCAAAACCCAUGAACACAAAUAUGAUAAGAAAGCACUUGGGGAUCAGCAUGUGGUGGGCAUAUAUUGGGAUCCAGCAAAAUCGAACAAAACCAUGAGUCUUAUCACAGGUUAGCUGAACUAAUCGCACUUCCGAGACUUAAAUUCGCUAUAAUUGAAAAUAUUAUAAUAAAUUCUAGUUAAAUUUAGUAUAAUUAGCAAAAUGUUAAAAAUAAUUUUAAUUUAUUUCAAUAGGUUAGGGCAUUAAUAUUAACAAUAUUCAAUU